GUGCAAAAUGUUUAAAGUUCCAUAAUCUUCACUAUGAAACAAAUGCUUUAUAAAAGUUUCGCAUUUAAAUCUCAAAUGCUGAAACUUUGGAAAUGCUGUGCAGACAUUGAGAACACUCCAGUCAAUCAACCCACUUAAGAAAUUAAACACAACUUAUAGAAAUAAAUAUAGCAGUAAAGGAAGAAAUCAAAUCUUAUUAGUAAUCCACCUGUUGAUAUGGCAGAAAGCUCGUCACUCCACCACUCAUCAUCGACAAAGAAAUCUAAAUUAAGUUUAGAGUCUCGUUGUUCAUCGUUGCGCAAGCAUUUGAGUAAAUCAGCAUCGGAAUUGAGUUGUAAAGAAUGUACCGGAAGUGCAACGAGCGAUUCAAUUACUCCGUUUCCUUCUCCACAAAGGGCAAAGAGUACUGCCAAUCCAAGUGUUUCCAAUGUUCUUCAACGCACGUCAGGAUUUUUAAGUUCCCUGAGGAAUCGCUGGUCACGAGGACGAAGUAAAGAAAGAAGCAGAAAAUCGUUAGGAUCCGGUAACUUGCUGGAUGACGACCGUGAUAAUAGUGAUUAUGCUGCAGACAAUAGCUCAGACCAUAGCAGCUCAGCGACGCCUUUCGAGUCGCCACGACAUCGAACUACAACUUUAACUGAUUCACCAUUAGCAAAACCACGAAACAACCUCAGUGAGAACAACAAUAAACACGAAUAUUCUACAAUGAAAAACUCCACGAAUGCUAAAAUCGAAUGCGAACCAUCAACGAGUUACUACAAUCCCAAUCAACAAUCAGCGUACGAUGUGAUAAAUAGUGAUGAAUUACUUAGAAGGCGUGAAGCAAAUUUACGCCAACAUUCAUUUUUCCAAUUAAAGAUUCAUUUAGUUAGCGGACAUAAUUUGACAGCAAUGGACAAGAGUGGAACAAGCGAUCCUUAUGUUAAGUUUAAGCAAGGCAGUCGUCUUCUUUACAAAAGUCGAACUGUUUAUAAAGAAUUAAAUCCGAUGUUUGAUGAGACAUUCACUGUACCAAUUGAAGAUCCUUUCCUGCCGAUUAAUGUUAAGUGUUUUGAUUAUGAUUGGGGACUUCAAGAUGAUUUCAUGGGCGCCUCGAAGCUUCAUCUUACACAGUUAGAACUCAAUCAACCUGAAGAAAUUUAUUUGAAGUUGACAGAUCCGGCGAGACCACUUAAGGAUUUGGGAGAAAUUAAGAUUAUGGCAACAUUAAUGCCGAAGACACAAGAGGAUAAGGAGCAGUAUUUUCAACGAAAUCCAAAGCUCGCCGAAGCAUCGAAGAGAUUAAAAUCACAAAUCUGGAGUUCGGUGGUGACGAUUCUUCUGGUGGAAGCAAAGGGGUUGCCUGUAGCAGAUCCUGGUGAAGAGCCUUUUGUAAAGUUUAGAUUAGGAAACGAGAAAUACAAAAGCAAGACCGCACCCCGAGCUAAAUGGUUGGAACAAUUUGACCUUCAUCUCUUCGAGGAUGAUCAACUACUUGAAGUUGUUGUAUCUUCCAAAAACAUUCUGAACCUUGGGAAAUGCAUCAUUGAUCUAAAGAGUCUUCCAAGAGAAACAACGCACCGUUUAUGGAAUAAAUUUGAAGACUGCACUGGUGAAAUAUUUUUACUACUUACAAUCAGCGGAACGACGUCAGCAGAAACAAUCACUGACUUGACAACUUAUAGAGAAGAUUUAAGUGAAAAGAAAAAAUCGGAAAAGAAAUAUGUGAGUGAAGCAUUGCAUCGAUUUUAUCAAAACUUACGCGAUGUCGGGCACUUAACAGUGAAAGUUUAUGGUGCAACAGGUUUAGCCUCAGCUGACAUUGGCGGAAAAUCGGAUCCAUUUUGUGUUCUUGAACUGGUCAACGCUCGCUUACAAACUCAAACAGAGUACAAAACUUUAACUCCAAAUUGGAAUAAGAUUUUUACUUUUAAUGUCAAAGAUAUUUCAUCAGUUUUGGACGUGACUGUUUAUGAUGAAGAUCGAGAUCAUAAAAUGGAGUUUCUUGGUCGUGUUAUGAUUCCACUUCUACGUAUUCGAAAUGGCGAGAAGCGAUGGUACGCUCUUAAAGAUAAAAAUCUUACAACAAGAGCAAAAGGUGUUUCGCCACAAAUUCAAUUGGAAAUGACAGUCGUGUGGAAUUCAAUUAAAGCAGCAAUUCGUGUUCUGGAGCCAAAAGAAGAGAAACUCGUGCAACAGGAAGCAAAAUUUAAACGCCAAUUAUUUUUAAGGAAUGUCACGCGUCUCAAGGAAAUUAUUAUGUUCUUCAUUGAUGUUGGGCAAUUUAUUCAAUCAUGUUUUGAGUGGGAGAGCCCUGUGAGAUCUUUCUUUGCUCUAAUUGUUUGGGUGUGUGGUUGUAUCUGGGGUGACAUUUCAACCAUACCAGCAGUGGCACUCUUGUAUCUACUAAAGAAUUGGUUCGUAAAGUGGAUAACUGGGGCAUCAGUGCAGACGAUUCAUGACGAUUUGGAAAUGGGAAGUGACGAUGAAGACGACGACGAUAAAAAGGAUGAAGAGAAAAAGACAAUCAAGGAAAGAUUACAAGCUAUUCAAGAAGUGUCGCAGACUGUUCAAAAUACGAUUGGAUUUCUGGCGUCACUUGGCGAGAGCGUGAAAAACACUUUCAAUUUUUCCGUCCCUGAAUUAAGUUGGCUGACAGCGCUUCUCUUGUUAGGAGCUUUACUUGUGCUACAUUUUAUACCGAUAAGAGCUCUCUUAAUGAUAUGGGGUAUUAUAAAAUUCUCUAAAAGAAUUAUUCGCCCUCAUGCUGUGACAAACAAUGAAGUUCUGGAUUUGCUUUCACGUGUUCCUGAUGAUGAAGAAUUGAUUCAAUUCCGUGAACUUUCAAUCCAACAGCAAACUGAUGCAGUUCGACGUGAUCCACGUAAGAAAAAGCAAUCAUAGGAGUGCAAAACUUGUCCCAAUCACAUAACAUUUAUUAUCAUCGAGGGUAAAUUAAAUCUUAAUGUUAAAAGCUUCUUCGACUCUCUUUAUCUCUUUUCCUUUAUGAAUUGUUGUGAAACUUCGAAAGCUCUUUAUUUAAGAAUAAAUUAACUUAUUCAUUUUGAACGUGAUCGAGGAAGUAAAUGGAGUUGCGACUCUUUUAAAUCAAAACUAAACUUUUUAAGAUGAUUAAACAACAAACAAAAUUUGAAUGUUUCUAGAUAGAUAGAAAGGAGAAAAAUUAUUUUACUUUAAUCUGGAAUUGAAUUUCUUUUUUAAUCACAGAUGAAAAUCAAACGCACGCUUUAUAAAAGACAUUUAAUAUUUAUAUGGUUGAAUUACGUAUGACAGAGAAAAAUUCUGCUUUUUUAGCUAUUAAGUGAGAAAAAUUAUUACAAUGCAAGUUACAGUGCUUUUUUAGAAGUUAAGUAAAACAAAAACGAAUUAGAAGAAGAUUGAAAAGGAAAAUUUAUUUACACCAACAGCGAAUUACGUUGACACGAAACUUGACUUCAUUUUUAUUUAAAUUCACUUUGUCAACUUGUUAGCAAAGAAAAUUUUAGAAUAUUUAUUCGAAACUCGUACAUUGCGAUGCCGUUGUCAAUUCUUUUACUACGCAAAAGAAUUCAGUUGAAUUUGUUUGUAAUUUAUAAAGAAAAAUUUUAAGGAUAUAAAACGAAAAUUAUUUUCAAGUAAAAAGAUUUUUUACAUUAUUGCAGAGAUUUUUGUGCAAAAUUCCCACGAAAGUUCUCAUUGAUUUGAAAUUGAAAUAGAAAUGAUUGAAAUGAGAAUGGCAAAACCUAGAUAGGAUGAAGAAAUAUUAAUGUGUAAGUAUUUUUCAUUCAAAUCAAGUGCAACUUAAAGUAGGGUCAAGCAGUCAAUUUGAUUGAUGGUCUGGCCUUUUCAUUUAAAAACAAUUCCAAAAGUAUAAAAGAGAAACAUAAAUACAUAAAAUGAUAUGUUUACGAUAUAUGUAAAUUGUGAUAUAAAAUUUAUGCGAAAUUGUUUCGUUACCAAAUUGCUUAUUUGCUUUUUUCUUUUUUAUGCUUCUUAUGAUGCAAUCAGUUUAAUCUUUUAUUUCCUACAUAACUUAUUACGUAUAAGAAGAACUUUAGCUCAA